GAGAACCAACAGAGGUGGAGCAACAACAGCUGGUCACUCUCAACAACGUCAACACCCUGAACAUGUUAAACUAUUAUGUAAGCAGUGCCUAUAACAAAACAGUAAUGUAUACUGCUUAGCUGCUAUAUUACGCAAUUUUAGAAGAAACUGUGUAGUUAAAAAUAAUCUAGAAUGGACUUUAGAAAUUCGCUUGAAAUGUUUGCCAGUUGUGAUGGUUUUCCAGGAGAUGGGGUUCCAUCCCCCAAAGGAAUCAGCGUAUCACUUAACAAUCUUGAGAGUGAACCACUUCACACAGGUGGAAAACAUCUUUCCCUCCAAGAAUCUUUUGGUUUUCCUGUGUUGUUUAGUGGACGAUCAUAUGUCAGAAAAAUCAAUUCUAAGGCAAUAAAUGUUGAUGUGCACAAAAUGAAAAGUUUUCAUGAUGUCAAGGCAGAUAAACAGGCAAAUUAUCUAUCCAUGAAACCAAGCAACAGUGACCUGUCUAAAUCAAAUUCUGAACUGGAAUUGUUCAGCUUUUCUAGUGAAACAAAAGUUUACCCAGAAAUAAGAGAUGUUAAGGCACCUCUCUCAGUUUCAAAAGUCAAAGAUGACACUAAAAUUAACUGUUAUGAGGAGAAAGAGCUCCAAAAUGAUGCCUUGAAAAAUUUAAUUAAAAACAUUGAAUCUUAUUAUCAAGAUAACGAAACUGCUUCAUCAAAGACCACCACAACCAAAAGAAUAAAAUCUAAUGAAUCUAGUAGUAGUAGUUUUGUUGAAAAAGAAAUUGUUCAUAAUGGUGUGAGAAAUAUUGCAAGUAACAAUGAUAAUGAAACCGUUUGGUAUGAAUGUCAGCGGUGUUAUUUAGAAUUUUGCACUCCCAAAGGCCUUGCAAAUCACGUGAAGACACACCCAAAAGUUAUGGUAGGAAAAAAUGCUUGUGUGUACUGUGGAAAAAGUUUUGACAAUGCUAGUGACUUGAAUGAUCACCAAAAUGCUGAACACUUGUUUGAUAUAAUAAACUACACGUGUGAAUCCUGCCAAGUAGAAUGCAUCAGUGCUGACUUGUUUGAUAAACACCAAUUUGCUUGUCACAGAAAGCAAGAUACAUCGUGUCUCUUCUGUUCAAAUUGUGACAAAGUGUACUAUGACCAAGACAUGCAUAAUUACCACAAGGAACAAGUAAAACAUUGCCAUAUUUGUAGCAUAAGUUACUGCAUGUCUUCUAACCAGUUUAAAGUUCAUAAAGAAAAGCACAUAUUGUUUAAGUACAAAUGUAUGAAGUGUGGUGCCUCCUUCAUAACUAAAGCAUCUUUGACCAAACAUUUAGAAACAAAGAAAUCAUGUUUUCAGAUGUUAAGCAACAAAGAUGAUAAUUGUGUUGUAAAUCCUGUAGAAUUUGAUCAUGGCAAAGUCGAUGAAUGUGAUCUUGGCUUAGAAGAAAUUGAAAGUGCAAUUGAGAAUGGUGUGAUUGAGGAAGGAAAUACCUUGUCUUCCAAGAAAGAAAAAACACACAAGUGUCCUUUGUGCCCAGCAAAGUUUGCACUUGUCAAGAAUAUGUGGAGGCAUGUAGCAGUUGUUCAUCCAAGUGAUUUACAGAGCGAAAGUCUGCAUCAUUUACCAGUGCUGGGGGGCCAUCAGUGCACCAUAUGUGAAAAGAAAGUUACUAAAAAAUCUAAUCUUGUAGCUCAUAUGGCAUCACACAUACGAAGGACUUACAGUCAGAAUAAUGGUGAACCGAAAUGUUCAAUUUGCCAUAAGACCUUCCGACUACAGCGUUAUCUUGUUGAUCAUAUGAGGUUACAUACUGGACGUGGUACUCAUCAGUGUCGCCACUGUGAUAAAAAGUUUUUGAGACGACCUCAUUUAAAGUUACAUAUGCAAAUGCACGACAGUUUCCAAAAAUUUCAUUCCUGUCCACACUGUGAUAAAACAUAUAUGAGGAAGAGAGAUCAGCUGCAUCAUAUUCGUGUGAAGCAUGGUACUACUGUUGGUGUCGACCCUAACAUAGAGACUGGGGAAACAGAAGGAUUUUCGUGUCCAGAAUGCGAAAAAAAAUUUUCUUCAAUACUAAAGCUCCAAAUGCACGGCAUCAGACAUACUGCCACAAAACCUCCUUACAAGUGUCAAGAAUGUCUCCGAGACUUCCCAACUCUCAGUACUCUUAAACGACAUUACUUGAUUCACUGGGAUCUGAGACCAUUUUCUUGCUCUGUAUGUAGUAAAAAUUUUCGUUAUGCACAGAGUUUGAAACGGCACAUGAUGACACAUACUGGCGAGAAGCCACAUAUUUGUAAACAUUGUGGUAAGGGCUUUGCUUUAAAAGGAACUCUACAAGUUCACCUACAACAACAUUCAACCACAAGAACAUUUAAGUGUUACAAAUGUGAGGAAAUCUUUGCAAAAAAGCAAGAACUUAAGUCUCAUCAUUGCAGCCAGAUCACUAAAGGUGAACCCCCAACAGAAAGUGUCAGUUCUGAAUAUUGUGUCCUUAGCAAAGCUAAUGUUUAUAUGACUUAUGCCACUGACAAUCAUGGGAGCAGUAGGAAGAAAAAUAUUGGCGAGUCAGUUCCUAAUGCUCUAAAUGACAUAACUAGUGUAACUACCUUGAUAUCAGAAACGUGUGUAAAUGAUAUAGUGCCAGUAACAGAACUAGUUUCAGACAAUAUAACAAGUGCUGUUACACCAGGUAAGCAUGUAAUCACUGAGGUAGAAAGUGAAGUAAUUCCCCUUAAUAGUACAAUAUCUAAUAAUAGUAUCAGUGAAGUUCCAUUUGACUCACAAUUUUCAAAUCACUCUACCUUUGAAGAAGGUACUCUUUUGGAGAGCUCAGCUCUUCAAAAUGCCAAUCAAGCUAAUGUUCUAACACAAACAUAUUCAGUGGUGGAUGAAAAUUUACCGGGUUGUGUAAACCUAGGUAACUGUUCAGUGCUGGAAACCAACCAAGACCCAUGUGUGGGUGAAAGUACCAUCUAUACUUUGGUGACCAUAGAUGGUGAGGCAGAGCAACCAACUUUUAUCAACAUUCCAACAAUCUCUAACAGUGGUAAUGAAGAGAAUGUGACCCUUCAAAUAAAUUUCCCUGAAGAAGGUUGUUCUGAAGUUUUUAUUAUUAAGAGUUAAUAUGUGAUUCUUUAAAUAAAAGUGGGUCCUUGUAUGACUGAUGUAUGCAUGAAGGUAGUGGGACAGCACUGCAAUUGAUCGCUUUUACCCCUGCAACUAAAGUUGGGGCUGUGCACUAGUAAUCCCUAGAACAGGAGGUUAAAAGUUGUUUACUCCUCUGCAGCAAGUGGUCAUAUGUGAAUAUACAGUGUAGUUUUGUGUAAGUUUUAUAAUAAACAUUAAAUAUUGUA